ACAUGCAACUGACUAAAUCUGAAAUUUCAAAUACACAAAUCAUUAUUACGACCCCGAUAAGUUGGGAUGAAAAUUACGAGAAAAAGCAAUGGAGACGUCGAGCUUUCUCAAUUAAAGAAAAUGAAGCUGAAACAAUUCCUUAUGAUACUUUUAUUGAAAAUGAAGCUUUAAAUAUUGAUACUAAUUUUGAAGUUAAUUUAAUGUCAGAAGAGAGAGAUGCAGCAAUGGAUGGAGAAUUAUCAGCCAACUUGGGGCUUCUGGUGCAGAUUUCUAAAAGAGAUUCAUUUCCACCUACGAACCCA